AGGACUAUGGUUAAUUGUUCCUCAGAUCUCUGCAGGUUUCUCCAAGGAUCCUAAACAGCUCUGGAUGUGAGGUUCAGUCGGGGGUCCUGACCUGUGUGUGCAUCAGUGAGGGGUUUCCUUUACCCACCAUCAAAUGGCCUCUGUUGGAGAACCAUACUGAGUACUCUGUUAUGACCAAUGUGUCACACCAUACAGUGAACACCCACGUUACUGUAUCUGUCAAAGAUCACAACUACACCACUGUUGAGUGUGUCAGCAGCAGUGGCAUCAGAGAAAGAAAAAAGAACCAUACGAUAAAAAACAAUGUGCCAGAGAAUCCACUCAUGACAUUUAUCAUAGGUUUUUAUAAUCCGCAAGUCAUCACUGCAUUUUUGAUUGGGAUACUUCUGACAGCAACCAUCUGCUGCUUAACCAAAAAAUGCCACAGGAAAAAACAGAAGAGCUCUGGGAAUGAGAUUGAGACUCUGGAGAUGGCGACGACUGAAGCGGGUCCAUUGAUCGAUGCUGGUCAUGCAGUGGAAAAUGAAGUAGCCAAUGACCAAGAGGCAGCCAAAGGAGGAGCCGAGGCUGCUGACCAAUCAGCCACUGGCGUUGACGUGGAACCAAAAGAGUUGGAAUACUCUGACAUUGACUUCCACUUGUUGAAUAGGAAGAGUCCCACAGGGGCAAAUAAUACACAAGAGACCACAGAGACAGAGUAUGCUGAAAUUAAGAACAAAGAAAUGGAGGAGAGACAAGAUGGUGGAGAGGGCGGUGAAAUGUUGGAGGGCAAUGAGGAGGAGGUGAUGAUAGGGGAAGAUAAGGAGACACAAGAGUGUAUGUCUGCAGAGAAGGAGGGAGGAGGGGAUGUGAUAGUUUACUCCAAUGUGAAAGAAAUAAUGGGAGAGAUUUAAACAGUUAAAGAAUCGGACAGAUGUUAGGCAGAGGUGCAUUUAAAGGGGUCUAGGCAGAAACGAGGUUGGAUGGUGGAGGGGAUUGAUUUAUGUGGGUGAGUUCUCUUAUAUAUUCUGAUGUGACGGCUUCUCAUUUGAAUGUUUAUUGUAAAUGACAAUCCUGUGUGUGGUUUUUACCACAGCACUGCGCUUUAAGCCAGAGAUCAGUUGACGUCAGACAUACAGUAUCAACACGUCCACAUGUUAGGGUUUGUGCUAUUUCAUGUAUUCAACUACCAUUAUUCCAUUCUAACCACAGUAUCAGGUGACAACUAUUUUAUGUACAAAGUAUUUAAUCCACACACAUCGCAGCUUCACAUGGCCAAUUCCCUAUCAAGCCACUCAAAACUCAAAACAUAAGUCCAGUAAAAGAAUAGAAAGCUUUUGUGUGCAAACAAGCUUUGGCGUCUUACACAGCAUUUAUUAACACUGUAUCAGCUAGAAUUAACAGCUUUAUGUACUAGUUUAGCUUUUCAUUACUUGUAGACAAUAUGUUGUAAUUAUUAUUUAAGAAAUAAAUACAGCUGAAAUUGCAUUUAAAUAAACUAAGAUCUAAUGUGUCAUCUUUUUUCACAUUUUAUUUUUAACAGGUAAGUCAUUAAGAACAAGUUGUUAACUAUAAUGGCAGCCUGAGGAGACAAAAGGGAAGGAAGGCUAAGAGAUAAAAAUACAUUAGACACACAUACAGUUUAAAAUGGUGUACAAUACAAUUUAAAGUAACAGCUAAAAUUGUCAUUACUGUGAAGACAUCCUGUUGUAAUAUACAGGAUUUCCUUGUGUCUUUUUUUAUACUGUAGUUAGAUUGAGUUGUUCUAAACAAGUUUCUGCUAUGAUCAAUCAAGCACACACACAAACAAAACGAAACAGAAAAUCAAACUGCAAAAAUACUGUCCAGAUUAGUGCUUGCAUUUGUUUCUAUUAGGAAACUU